UCUGUCCCCAACGUCCACCACCUCCACCCUCUCCAUUCCCCAUCGUCACCUCAGAUCUCUCCCCCACACCAACCCUAACCAUGGCGAUCGCGGCGCGCGCCCUGCGCCGCCUCCAGCUCCACCUCGCCCCCGCCCUCUCCCGCCCGUUCUGCGCCGUCUCCCCGGCCGCCCCCGCCCCCUCCUCCGCCAAGGUCUCGGACCGCAUCGUGCGCGUCCUCGCCAUCGACCUGGACGGCGCGCGCCGCGAGGUGGUCGGCCUGGCCGGGCAGACCCUCCUCCGCGCGCUCGCCAACGCCGAGCUCAUCGAGCCGGCCUCCCACCGCCUCGACGACAUCGACGCCUGCUCCGCCGAGUGCGAGGUCCACAUCGCGCAGGAGUGGCUCGAGAAGCUGCCCCCGCCCUCCUACGAGGAGCGCUACGUCCUCACCCGCGCCUCCCGCAACCGGGAGCUCAACAAGCACGCCCGCCUCGGCUGCCAGGUCGUGCUCGGCAAGGAGCACCAGGGGAUGGUCGUCGCCCUCCCCGAGCCCAAGCCAUGGGACAUCCCGUAAGCCGGCCCAAACGUGCGGCCUUCCACCACGCCGCAAGCUUCCGUUUCAUGGUACGGUUUUGAUGAAAGAAUAAUGAAUUUGAUCGGCAAAACUUAGAGCUGCUCCUCAAACUCUCGUCUCCUUUCGGAUGUGGAGCGUGUGGAUGAUGUAAUAUGGAACCCCUUUGCCAUUUACCCCUGUUGUUUGUUUGUUUUGCUCUGUACAUUUGAUGUAUUCUUGGUUGCAGCUCGGCAUAUACUUUCUGCAUUUCAAUUUCUUUCUCAUA